UCCCAUUUCUCUGAACGGAAAACAAUGUUUCUCUCUACCGGGGUGAAUUUUGGUCAAUCGGUAAACAACGCGCGUGAUCUAUGUGCCGACCGCCGCCUCCUUGUCUUGGUGCGCCUCUUUGCUGGAUGUGCACAGAUCACUUCGCUGGAUUAACCUCGCACUGAAGUCGCAUUACAUCACCGAAUCCCACUCCCGAAGCGUAAAAUGAGAACCGUUGAAUAUUUUAAGGGAGGAUCCGAAAAUUAAAGCCACGGGAGAGAUGCCACAGCUGGAUUUUUACAACGGGACGUCGUGAGGAUUUUGGAAAAUAUAGUCUAGCCUAUCAACAAAGUAGACAAUUCAACGGAGAGCUAACGCUUUUGUUAACGGGGGCGUGCACCGUCAUCAGCAUCAGUCUGUCCUCUCCUUUGUGUUUACGGAGAAUGUGAAUGGCGAAAGAUGACAUGGCAGAGGUAGACUUGGCAUCAAACGGAGCAGAGCCCCCGGGCGUGGCGACAGCAUUCCCCUACGAGGAGUAUGAAUGCAAAAUUUGUUACAAUUAUUUCGACCUUGACCGUCGCGCUCCCAAGAUAUUGGAAUGCUUGCACACAUUUUGCGAGGAGUGCUUGAACACGCUCCACCUCCGUGAAGAGCGUCCAUGGCGCGUAAGCUGUCCUAUUUGUCGCCACAGGACGCCCGUACCCGACUAUCGGAUACAGAACCUGCCCAACAAUACAAAAGUGACGGAAGAUUUUCCGCUCUACAUUGACUCAGACCCCUUGCCUCAAGAUGCUUUGCCCCCGUAUCCUCCACCAUUGCACCCCGCGCUAGUCGCGCUCAGACGUGAGGAAACGGGGGCGUCAACGAGUCAAGCGACCCCGUCCACGACCGUGUCCACCGCCACAACCCUUUCGCAGGACUCCGUGCGCUACGACAGCUGUCAAAGUUGUAAACGAGUGGCGUUAACCACAGGUUGCGUGUGCGUGAUAUUCUCUUUUCUGUCCAUGUUAGUUCUGCUGUUCAUGGGUUUAAUCUUCGUCCACAGCCCACCCUCGCCAGCAGGACCUAUCUGCCUGUCGAUAGCCAGUAUUUUAGCCAUGAUUUCGGUGGUCGUCACGUGGCUUAUCUGCUGGUUAAAAUACCGACCGGAUCACGAGACAGGCCGAUCCUCUGCCACCAGUAAUUCCCGGAGAAACGCCUGAUGAUGAUAAUGAUAACGGUGAUUAUUGUGGUCAGUGGUGUGAGAGAUUUAUGUACAUAUAUUCUUGUCAACUGACACCCCACUCCCUUUACUUUUUUUGUAAUGAAAACAUGGCCUUUUAGCAGUAUGGCAAACACCUAAAGGGCCUUCAUGUGUUCACUGAAUAAUGGUCUUGCAUACAGGCCACCACUGAUAGUCAUAUUAUGCACUGUAUUGAGAGAGAGGAUUUGUGAGUGUAAACCUGACACGAUUGACCUCUCUGGAUACUCAAAUUGGUUUGUAUCUGGUUUGCCUGGUUGUGGACUGAAUGUGGAGUGCAAUGCCAGUACUCUGCCAAAGGAUGCCCCUAGCCUAUCUCACUAUGCCUCUUACUGUAUGUUAAGAUUCAUUCUCUUCUGUAUCCCAAGCACUUACUACACUGUACAGCCUAUUUCACCAUGUCAUGUCUAUUUAUAGUUGAAGGCUUUUGCAGAAAUACAAGGGUUAUAAGCCUUUAAUAAUAGUAAUAAUAUAUUAAUUGUUCAGAAAGCUUUCCUAUAUAAGUAUGGAAAUGUAAAUAAUCUAUCAACAUAUUUGUACAUAUCUCACAUAAUUGAUGUGAUAAUUAAAUAGGUGUCACUAUUUAAAUAUGCAUGUUUAGGUUAAACUGAGAAUAUAGGUCUAGAACAGGAGAAAAGAGAAAACUGCCUUUAUUCAUACAUUCAAGUCAUUGUCUUCACCCGAGUCCUGGGACAAAUAUUUACAAAUGCCUGGGUGCUUGCUUGAUUUUGUUUACCCUUGCAAUGCAACAAAACCUAUGGAAACAGUCUCAAUCGAGGCAAAUCAAACACACCCGAAAGACAAGUGAAUCAACUCGAUACACUCGUUUGUCCAGCCCCCCUCUCCUAGCAGUGCUGUCUGAUCAAAACCAUCCUAUAGUCCUCCCUCUCCUGCUCCCUGAUCAUAUUUCGCUCUCCCUCUUCCUCCCUCUUCCUGUCAACUGAUAUUCCUGGUUCUGACAGAAAUAGGAAGGAGCCAUCUAUAUUGGUUUCAGUGAGGGUCCUCAUGGGAAUAUCAUGAUGCAACAUGGAAAACUAGAAAUUCUAGAAAAACAAAAAUCCUGCCUUUGGUGAUGUGUAACUAGGGGAAACAGGCUGGCCAAGAAGUGAACGUGCUCAGUUGUCUCCUUAGGUUCAGCAGUAACCUCAUGCACUUCCCAAGUUCAGUGUGUAUUUCAAGAUGUAACGGUCUGGAGACCACUCUGUGAAUACCAAUGAAGAAAAUAGAUUCAGUAAUCGGAUAGAUUUGAUCAAACCCUCAGAUAUAUACGUUACUGUAUACAGUACAAGUACACUGCAAUUAGCUGUUGCUACACUGUGCUACCAAAAACAACCACAGUUUUACACUUACUAAAACUUAAACUGCAGGUAACAAAAAUAUCCGUAAGUUUUACUUAAAAAUGUACAUAGAACAAUAAAGCUUUAUAGCAGUUACUUAUGUUUAUAAAUUCAUUUUUUAAUCUUUUGCAGUAGGAUAUUGAGACUGUGGAGGGGAAAUAGCACUAAGAAGUCAUCUAUAGACCACAAUCAUUAUGGCAUAGAAUACAAAAACCAACAUUAAACAGGGCAUAGAUGGAGAUAGGAGGGAUCCAAGGUUUAUCUCAUUUGCACAUUACCUGUAACUAUGCCUCUCUUUAGGGACUGCAAUCUAAUCAACAAGUAAGGAUGGAACUGUGCUAAACAAUCUCCUCCUGCUUUAAUCAGUCUGGUUUUCAUCAACAUUAGAAGAUGCACUUUCACCCUUUAUUUGAGGUAAAGGGUAUCUGACUAGAGUAUUAUUGUAUUUAUUUCAUAGGAACUAGAAUUGUGAGGGUAUUGAUUUUUAUGAUGAAAUGAUUGUUGUCAAUUUAUCUAAAUGUAUUUGCACAGAGAACUGUUCUGUAUGUGGCGUUUUACAUACAUAACACAUUUCAGUAAUAAAGUAAAUAUUC